CUGACAAGGUGGUUGUGUUCUCCAUCGCUUUAUUGUCUUCAUAUAAAUUAAUUUCGAUUUUUGUCAAUUGUGGGAAAUUAUUAAUACAUUAACCAUUAGGCAUUUUGGGCCGGGACUCUAAUUAUAACCGAAACAUCGUGGUUUAAGACACGUAUUUUUAUAGGUGUUAAUUUUGUACGCUUAUUAACGCAGGUAAUUAACAGGGUUUGAUUUCAUAGGCAAUAAUAAAAAUAGGAUUAUGGCCACUCAAAUUUCCCAGAUGACGCGACCCCAAAUUAACGUCACACGGAAAUGGCAGCCUUCGUGAGCAGAUUGCAUCACAUAGCACUCCACGUUAGAAAUGUGGAUAAAGUAGCGUAUGACCUUGUUCAAAAAUUUAAAUUUAAUUUAUUUUUUACAAGGGAAACAGAGAGCUUUAAACAGUUGGCUUUCAAGAAGGGAGCAGCUGUUUUCAUCGUCAAUGAAAGACCAAAUUCACCUCAUUUUGGAUUAAAUGGAGGAUCAACGUUAUCGAGCACUAGUGGGACUUCUUUAAAAUCUGAACAAGAAUGGAAUAAGAAAAUUGGAAAAGGAAAGUACAAGAAUGGUACGGAUUCAUGUCUCUACGAUGUCUAUCCUCAGUAUUCAGUCGAUACCGCGUGUAACGUCUGUUUCGAAGUAGAGGAUGUGGAAAGCUCGUUCAAGUUUCUCCGCAAGCAAGGCUGCGUUUUUCUUGUGCCCCCGACGGAGGUAUGUGACGACAAGGGAGUUGUCACCUACAUGGUCGUCAAGUCCAUUGUGGGCAAUGUGAACCACACGCUUGUGGAUAGGACUAGAUAUGACGGGAGCUUCCUACCCGGGUUUCAGGAAGUUGAUACCGUGAUGAACAACGGCAGACCUACGGUUAAGAAUACAGAAUCUUGUCCUAUCUCCCACUUUGAUCACAUCACCUAUGCUUGCCCAAGAAUGUUAACCCCUCAGGUGAUCCGGUGGUAUGAGAGGAACUUUGGUUUUCAGAGGUUUUUCAUUGAAAGCAACGAAGACGUGGAUGAGGGCUUUGUUUUAAGCCAGGAUGGCAUCGGUCUCCGUCUAACUGCUAUGUACUGGAAGUCCAGUGAAAAAGGGACGCAGCUCCUCUCACCAGAUAAGAAGGAACCGGUCUGCAAGUUUGUCAUUGCAGAGUCCCUACCAGAACAAGGUAGUAACCAGGUGGAAACGUUUUUAGAGCAGCACAGAGGACCAGGUAUCCAGCACAUUGGUUUGUACACAGAGGACAUUGUGUCCACAGCGCAGACCAUGGCCCAGGCCGGAGUACACUUCUUCUCUCCUCCUCCAGCCUACUACACCGAGGUGGGUAAGCAGAAGGAGAUGGAGGAAGCAGGUCAUGACCCCCAGGUGCUGUCUCAGUACGGCAUCCUGCUGGACACUGACCUGCGCCAGACAGACCUGUCCCGUCAGGCCAUUGACGCCCAGGGGAAAAGAUACCUUCUCCAGGUGUUCACCAAGCCUAUCUUCUGUGAGGAUACCUUCUUCCUGGAACUGAUAGAGAGAAGAGGGGCGUCAGGAUUCGGGGAGGGGAACAUCCGAGCCCUGUGGAGGUCUGUCCAGGCCUACAUGGAGUCAGAGAGGGCAGAGACCCGAGAGGAGAACACAGCUGAACAGCAACACACAAGUCUGGAAAGCCUCCCCACUAGGCAAAACGUUUACGAGGACUGACUUGACAAAAGAAAUGCUGGCAACCAGACAUCAAGCUGUAAACAUUCACAAUUAGAAAAAUGUGGUCCUGAUUUUCUUUGUUAAUGAGAUGAAUAAAGUCUGGUAAUGUAUUGGGCACUUACUGCACACUUCUAGCUUGGAGUUCUGUAAAGUGCCAAGAAAAUAGGCCCAAUUUCUUUUUGUUUAGUCACAAUAUUUUGAGGUUUCAGAUUUCAAUAUUUAAAAAAGGGAACCGGAGUGUAAAAAGACACACAGUGAAAUUAUUUCACAGCUUGUCUUUAAAAGUGAAAUUACACUCUGUGAAAUUAUUUUGACCACUUUUCUAUCUAGAAAUGCAUUUACUUAGGGACGUUUUGGGUUUUUAAACAAGCACUCCAAUAUUUGCCAGAAUGCACCUGGAGGCACCUGUCCUGACUGGGAGCGAUCUCCUAUGGACAGAUCCCAAAAAUGGGAUGUUCUCCGGAUUAUUUACUAGAUCGGGACCUGGAAGGCUUGACGUAAUUGAGAAUUCUGGUUCUGGUUCGGAUACUUCUAAAAGAGAAUGUCUGGCGAUCUGCAGUACACGUGAGCUGAAUCUGAAGCCCAUGCGGGUCAUGCAGUACGCUGUCAGUCAUCUUAAAUGCACAAGUUUUAAUCAGAAUGAAUAAAUGCAAUAUAUUUAAUGUUUCAGAAUGGCUUUUCUUGAAUUGGUAAUUGCAAGUCACGACACAACACAUUGAUGAUUACCAAGCCUCACACUGGGUCUCAACUGGCCUGGGGAGGUAGUUGGGGUGUGUCCUAAAUAGUGCCCUACCAACUGCAGCAUUUUUGACCACAGUCCAUACAGUUCUGAUUGAAAGUUAAUCGGACUGUACCAUAGUGGGCUGAAUUAUUCACCAGUGAGCACAUGGUAGGCCUUAUGGAAGUGGAUCCCUGCAUUUUAUCUUGCAGCUCAGUAAUGUCAUGCCUCCGUCCUGGGCUGUGCAUUAACUAGAUGUCUUAUAGAGGCUAUGUGAGUAGAUGAGGGUUUAUCGGGGACAGAUGGCUCUUUUGUGUUCCCUUAGGCCAAUGGCUGCACACACAAAUGGCACACUGUCCUCCCUAAGUAGGGCAUUCAUUUUGGACAAUAUAAGUGUGCCAUUUGGAACGUAUCCAAGGUCUCUCUUGAAUUAAUAAUCAGCUGCUUGGAUUCGGUCAUGGUUACAGUUGGAUGCUAGUACAUUUCCAGUUUGACUCACAGCUUGCAAUGUUAAAAGAGAUUUUACCAAGCCAUAAAUGUUUUGCAAAAUAAACACCUCUCACACAGA